GUUUGGUUCAAGAACCGCAGGGCUAAGUGCAGACAGCAGCGGCAGCAGCAGAAACAGCAGCAGCAGCCCCCAGGGGCACAAGCCAAAGCUCGUCCUGCCAAGAGGAAGGCAGGAGCAUCCCCAAGACCCUCCACAGAUGUCUGUCCAGACCCCCUGGGCAUCUCAGAUUCCUACAGCCCCCCUCUACCUGGCCCCUCGGGCUCCCCCACCACGGCAGUGGCCACCGUGUCCAUUUGGAGUCCGGCCUCAGAGUCUCCUUUGCCCGAGGCCCAACGGGCUGGGCUUGUGGCCUCGGGGCCUUCUCUGACCUCAGCGCCCUAUGCCAUGACCUACGCCCCCGCCUCUGCUUUCUGCUCUUCCCCGUCAGCCUAUGGGUCUCCAAGCUCCUAUUUCAGUGGCCUGGAUCCCUACCUCUCUCCCAUGGUGCCCCAGUUGGGGGGCCCAGCUCUCAGCCCCCUUUCAGGCCCCUCCGUAGGACCCUCCCUGGCCCAGUCCCCCACCUCCCUGUCAGGCCAGAGCUAUGGCGCCUACAGCCCUGUGGACAGCUUGGAAUUCAAGGACCCCACAGGCACCUGGAAAUUCACCUACAACCCCAUGGAUCCCCUGGACUACAAGGAUCAGAGUGCCUGGAAGUUUCAGAUCUUGUAG